UAUUAAUAACAUUGUGGUAAAAUAAUAAUGUUAUCAUCCCGUGGUAUAAUUAAUUUGAAGGGAUUGUUAUGGAGGCAUUUAACAGUAGGUUGUAUGAAGAAAACGUGUAAAUCACAUUGGUUUUAUAAACACCAAAUAUUUUUUUGUUACAAAGAAGAAUUAAAAAUUAAUGCACAAUUUAGUACAUUUUAUAAUGAAGAUAAAAUAUAUAGUGCAACACAACCAAACUCUUCUGAUUUUAUGACUAUAAAAGAUCGAAUUAAGAAAUUACAUGUAUAUCCUACAAAAGAUCUUCUUCUUAUUUAUAAUUAUGUCAAUAGUGAAUAUAAUAAACAUUGCAUAUCAUAUAAUUAUAAAUGCGUAGAUGGAUUUAAUUGUACCAUUUGUGUCACAUGGCCAUAUGAAGCAUCUUUUUCUGCCAUAGCACCUUCUAAAAAACAAGCGAUGCAUAAUGCAUCAAUAUUAUGCUUACAUUGGUUAUACAAAUUGGAGAAAGUUAAAAAUUUAAGACCAGUAUUAUAUGAUAAUGAAACUAUACAGGAUAUGUUAUAUUCUCAAGAGUAUGUCAAGAUUAAUAUUACACCAGAUAUAAAAGCUGAAAUGGAAAUUUUGAUUCAGUACUAUAAUGAUGUCGUAAAAUCUAGAAUAGCAGCAUUAAGUAGUGAACUUAAUGAAUAUGAUUUAAAAAAUGAAUUAAAAGAUAAUUUUUCAAACGUUAAGGUGUUGGGAAGAAAUAGACAUACAUUAAAAUUAAAAAAAAGAGACAAAGAACAAACAGAUUUGCCUGUUAAUAACUAUAAGAAAGAGAUUCUUAAUAGCUUACAAAAUAACCAAGUUUUAGUGAUUAAAGGAGACACUGGUUGUGGCAAAAGUACUCAAAUUCCACAGUUUAUAUUAGAUUCAUAUGUAGGAGAAGAUAGAAUACAUGAAUGUAAUAUAAUUGUGACACAACCUCGUAGAAUAUCAGCUGUUUCUUUGGCCCGUUAUAUUGCACAUCAAAGACAAGAAUUGCUAGGAACUACAGUUGGUUUUCAAAUUCGAUUUACUAGUAAAAUACCAAAAAUAUGUGGAUCAAUUUUAUUUUGUACAAAUGGUAUACUAUUGCAAAGAUUUAACUGUAAUAAUAGCUUGGAAGGAGUAUCACACAUAAUCAUAGAUGAAGCUCAUGAAAGAAGUAUAGAGAUUGAUAUAUUAUUGAAGUUAUUUAAAGACAGACUAAAAGAUAAUCCACAUCUGAAACUUAUAAUUAUGUCUGCUAGUAUAAAUGUAAAAAUAUUCCAACAAUACUUUUCUUGCCCAGUUAUUAAUGUUCCUGGAAAAUUGUAUGAUGUAAAAAUGCAUUUUUUGGACGAUAUAGAUCUUCCAUUUGAAAAAUCAAUGAAUUUGGAAAAUGCUAUGAAAACAAAUAUUUAUUAUGAUAAAAUAGUAGAUUUAAUACAAUUAAUUAUUACAAAGAAAUUACCUGGAGGCAUUUUAUGUUUUGUCCCAGGUUGGAAAGAAAUUACCCAGUUGCGUAAUAUUCUUGAAAGUAGAACAAUGAAUAAUACCAAUUUAUUAAUAUUACCACUUCAUUCUAAGUUAUCAUUUAACAUGCAACAAGAAGUUUUCAAAAAUGCCCCUGCUAAUACUACAAAGAUUGUACUAGCUACAGAUAUAGUUGAAACUGGUAUUACUAUUCCAGAUAUAAGUUAUGUUAUAGAUACCGCUAUUAAGAGAGAUCAGUACUGGGAUAAAGUGAAAUCUAUAUCUACUUUGCAAUACAGUAGAAUAUCACAAGCCAACAUUCUUCAGAGGAAAGGAAGAGCUGGACGUCUGAAACCUGGUGAAAGUUAUCAUUUGCUUACUCGAAAAGAAUAUGAUAAACUAAAGUUAUAUCCAAUACCAGAGCUACUUAAAAGCGAAUUAGAUAAAGUAAUUAUUUGUUGUAAAACAAUGACUAAGGAGAACAUAUAUGAUUUCUUUAGUGGUAUGAUUGAACCUCCAAGUAAUACUUCAUUAAGAUAUGCUGUAAAUAACUUAAUAAAUUUCGGUAUUCUCGAUGAGAAUGAAGACCUUACUAGUUUAGGAAAACGUAUUUCACAUAUGACACUUAACCUGAAACUGAGCAAAGCAGUAGUAUUGUCUUGUGUUUUUGGGUGUUUAAAUCCCAUAUUACUAUUAGCUGUUAUAUUUUCUAGUCAGGAAUACAAUAAUGUUGCAUUAGAUGAAGAAUUAAAUCUAUAUACAGGUGUAAGGAGCAACAAAAAGGAAUAUCAUAAGACAAGUGAUCAUAUAGCUACAUUAAAAUAUCUUGAAAAUAAAUGUAAUAUAGGUCAAAGUCAUACAUUUAUUACAUUUGAGAAUAGUAAUGAGCCAAAGUUACAACAAUUGUAUGAGUUACAUUUAAACGAGCUUGUGAAGAGUAAAAUGAUUUCAUCGAUAUUUAAUAUUGAGAGUGUGAAUCUGCAUACGAAAAAUAAUGAAUUAAUUGGAGCAGUUUUAUUUGCUGCUACAUGUCAUUUGAUAAAAAAUAAUGCAUAUGGUAUUAAAAGUGGAUAUUUUACAAAGAAAGCAAACAUUUUAUUGGAUGAACAUGAAAAGAUUGUUAAGAUUAAAAGUGAAAGUAUUAAUUCUGAUAGAACACUACAACCAAAUGAGUUAUUAACUUACCUUAAUAAAAUGGAGUAUGCUAUAAGACAUUCUACCAUGGUGUGUGAUACAAGCGUUAUAUCACCGUUAUCAGUUUUAUUAUUUAGUCAAGGUGAUGUUUAUUGCACAGAAAUGACAGAUAAACUUUUUAUUAAGGACAGAAAUAUUGUUAUGCAACUAAAAGAUAUAAACAAUUUAAAUUUAAUUUGUGAAGAAGAAUCUGCAAAGUUGCUAAUAAAAUUUCGAAGUAUUUUAUGGAAUAUUGUAAAUUUUAUAAUUAAAUAUGAAGGUACAGAUGAUUAUAAAGACAGAUUAUACUUCGUUAAAUCAUUCAAAAAUGAUUUAAUAGAUUUAGUUUUAAGAAUGUUGAACAAAUCAUCAAUACAUACAGAUGAUAAAUCUGACAAGAAUGAAUAUUUCAACUAA